AUGAAUGUGAAGUCUUUAACAGAAGACAGUAGCAGCUCAGGCUCACUAGAGCACACUACUUCAAAUAAUUCUAAAGAAAAUAGAACUUAUUUAAUGAAAGAAAAAAAUCCAUACUUAGAAGAGGUAAACAACACAGUACUACUUACAAACCAAGAUGACAAAGGUAGUAUAUGUGACAAAGCAGAGUUUGAAACAACAACAAAUGAUGAAGUAAAUAAUGAAACAACAAUACACAUUAAAGAAAACAUCAAAAUAACAACACAUAAAGGUCUAAUGAAUGAACAGAACAACUUAAUAUUAAAGGAAUAUCCUAUUCCUAGCUUCAGCAGAUUUA